CGACGCCCCAGCGCGCCUUUUUGGUUCGCCCCGUAGGCGUCGUGGCGCUAGCGUCGCGCCGUCAUGUCUGCCGUUCGAUUUUCCGACGCAGGACGUCGCCUCUUCACCUCGAAACAUCGCUAGAAAUGAGGUGCUGAAAAAAGGCCGAAAAAAUGGUCGGUAUGGCCAAUAUGGAAGAUCACGAGAGGAAGAUCGUUAUGGAGUUCGUGCAUUUACUGGAAAAGUCCAAGCAACUGUUCAACGGCUUGAGGGAUUUGCCGCAAUACGGCCACAAACAGUGGCAAGCGUAUUUCGGUCGAACCUUCGACAUUUACACGAAGUUAUGGAAAUUUCAGCAGCAACACCGCCUAAUUCUAGAUACAAAAUAUGGGUUGAAGAGGUGGCAAAUAGGCGAAAUAGCAUCUAAAAUCGGACAGCUCUAUUAUCAUUAUUAUUUAAGGACUAGUGAAACUAACUAUCUGAAUGAAGCUUACUCAUUUUAUGCCGCGAUUAGAGGUCGAGCUUAUUAUUCAAGGGCUGCAAAGGAAGACAGAUCGGAGCUGAUGGUGAAGAAGCUGCGCUACUACGCCCGCUUCAUCGUCGUGUGUCUGCUCUUGCGCCGCAUGAAGCUGGUGCGCGAGCUUAUAGUGGAGCUGGACAGACACAUCGCCGACUAUACCAGCACCUACGAGCCAGACGACCAGAUCGAAUGGAGCCUGGUUUUGGACGAGAUCAAGGGCUUCAUCCAGUCGGAUUCGCUGGUGCAGGUGCUGCACGCCGAUACCAAUCCCAUCGUUCUUUCGCACAGAUUGAGUCCUCUGACCACACCACCCGUAGAAAAGUCCCAGUACAUGAACCUGACUCUGCAAGAGAUCCUGGUAGUGGGCAGUGCGACGGAACAAGUGAAAUUCUCCGAGCUCACCAUGGACAUGUUCAGGAUGAUCCAGACUCUGGAACGGGAACCCCAGGAAGAUUUCAACCACAUCUACGACGCGUCGCCUGCUCCUGGCAGAGUUCCAUACGGUGUGCCCGGUCAGAAAGGAUAUUUCGAAAAUGGUGAUAGACCAUCUAGAAGAGAAAAUCCCCACAAGUACCUCUUGUACAAACCGACUUUGAGUCAAGUAUUGGUGUUUCUAGCGAGUGGUUUUAAGGAGCUACCGACGAAUGGUGCUCUUUUAUUAUAUUUGUCAGCCGAUGGAUGCUUUUCCACUACAAAACAUCCCGAAGACAUGGGUUAUGAUCUUGGCGGUGUUUUGACGAGUAGCAAAAGAGACGGCGAACACAAGAAACAAAAAGAAGCUCACUGCCUUUACCCUGGUGAUUUAUAUCCGUUCACGAGACGGCCACUCUUCGUCAUAGUAGAUUCGGAUAACAGUUUCGUUUUUCAACAUAUUCCUAGGUAUUUUGGCCAACCUCUGGUCACACUCAUGUCGCCUCAAGACACACCGCCCGCCUUUCAAGAUCAACAGCACAAUGGUUCUUUAUUCACAUUAUUCCUCCAUUCUCCAUUGACGGCGUUUUGUUAUUGUUGCAAUUUGACAAGCAUUCCUAUACACCAUUGGGAACGAUGUCAGAGUUUUGUGGACCGAUUCGUGACCGAAGCAUCUCGUCUUUUUACAAGAUCGAGAAUUGAACCGUCGUACCUGCAAUUUUUCGGAGACGACUUCCUGCGCCUGCUCCUCCUACGCUACGCCUUCUGCGACGUCGUCCUCCGCCUCCACACCGCCUUCAAAGGCCGCCAAUACCGUCCGAGGUGCCAGCCACCCCUACCCGAGGCCGAGCUGCUCGACCACCCCUCGUUGCACCACCUGGUGCUCGACCUUGCCUCCCACUUGGAGGUUCGCGCCUGCUUCCUCGAAGGAGGUCCCCACCAGGAGGCCGAAUGAUCCAGGCCUGCCUCCUCGGGGGCACUCAGGGGAGGCCUCCUCCUGCAGGCGCUGGCGGUGCUCGUUUUCGCCGCAGCGUUGGCGAUCGAAGGUCCUG